AGUCGGUCCCAAAGCCUGGUAGACGGCGGACGUGUGCUCGGGACGAACGCUCACGCAUCCUCACACACCCUCGCCGACACUUUACAUGCCAGUGUCUUCAACGAACUCUAAUUUAGUGCCUGAGGCCGACCGCUAUAUCAUAAAUCAUACACUGAUUUUUGUCAGCGGUGCAUCUUGGAAAAUUUGUGACUGUUGAGAGUGGACAUUAAUGAUGUCCCUAGAAUAACAGUGUGCGAUUAACGACCGAUUUCGCCCAAGUGUUGAGUCCCGUUGCCUAGACUCAAGAUGAAGCUUCUUCGCGCCGUCGUGAUGGCGGCGCUGGCGGCGGCGGGAGCGACGAUGUCCGUGUCGGAGGGUGGCGAGGCGAGCGGCGCCUGGGAGCCUGAGCUGCUGCAGGAGACAGAGAAGGACCUCGAGAGCAACAGGCUGCUCCGGAAGGACACGGCUUUGGAGGACGCAGCGGGAGGCGGCGAGGCGGCGCAGGAUGCUUGGUGGCAACGGGACGAGGCGGCGGAGGACGCCAUAGCGGGAACGCGGCGUCGGGGAGGCGCCGUCGUCAACGGCACCGUCAAGGGUUGCGUCGCCGCCGGGGCUGUGUUCGCGGAGGGGUCGGCCAUGGCGUCCCCCGACGAGUGCUCCUACUGCUUCUGCAUCCGGGGCAGCCGGCGUUGCGUGGCGCCCAAGUGCCUCCUGCCCGUAAGCGGCUGCAAGCCUCGCUAUCGCACCUUCUCCUGCUGCCCCUCCGACUACGACUGCCAGGAUGCUGGCGCGACGACGACCACCACCGAAAAGACGACUCUUGAGUGCGUGGUGGAGGGCCGCAGGUACGGCCCAGGGGCGCGAGUGGAAACCGCCAGCGGGCCGUGCGAGGCCUGUUUCUGCGUGGGCGGCGAAGUGCGCUGCGUCACGACGACCUGCGCGCCGCCUUUGGACGGCUGCACGCCCGUCAUGGAGCCCGGUCGCUGCUGCCCCGUCAAGUACGACUGCGAAAGUGACACAAGCAAAAAUCAACUUCUGCAGCUGCUCAAGGCGAAGGCGAUGGGCAGCGACCGGAGGCCCGAGGAGUGGCACACCAACAUGGCCCGCAGGAGUACCUCUGGAGACGGCGUUAUCGUGGACACCAGUGAUCCGCAGUUGUUAGCCUUCCUGGUAGAUGGUGAUGGAGAGCAAGAUUUUGCCAGUGUAACCGAGGCAGCCCCUGAUUAUGUAACGGAACCCGAGGAGCCUCUUCCGUCCGGGGAGUCUGAGGGCAAGUUGCCUCCUAGUACAAAGUUACGCCCCAUAAGGCGUCCUCUGUCGAGGUUUGUAUCACGCCCGUCGUCCGAGGAGAUCUCCAAGCGCCGGGCUCAGUCUCGGUACCGAGUGGACCGCCCGCCCACCCGGAUCUCCCGCCCUUCGAACCCCAACGCUUCCCGCCCCCUACGCCCUACCCGGCCCUCCCGCCACGGCACCCAGAGCCUCAUCUACCGCUUCCGCCAGCGCGCCAGGCCAAGCAACGAGCAAGACGGCAACGCCACAGGAAACAGUGAUACCUCAGGUCCCAUAUCUACCUCACGUGCCCCCUUCCCGGCUGCUGUUACCUCGCCCGUCCCUCCCAUCACGGCCGCCCCCGCAGCUGACGGCGAUGCGCACGAGGAAGAAGGUGUUACUUCUGUCCAAGACUUAGAGGCUUUACUCAGUUCUCGCUCCACCACUGCGACCCCCCCAACCACCCCUGCUGAGUCCAGCCAAUCCACCUCUAAGCCCUCCACUACUCUUGCCAUGCCCUCCACCACGACCCUGGCCCCCGAGGUCGCCGCCGCUUCGACCCCAGCCGUCUCUAAGGGGACUCAAGUCGAAACUGGACCGGAGGUCUCUGGAGUCAGUGGCGUCGGCGAAGUGUUCUGGAUAAAGGAUGUACGAGGAGGAACUUCUGCUGCCCCACCAAGACCUCCUCUUGACAUCAGUACAAGAGAGCCCGUGAAGGUUGGUACAGGCAUGAAUGUCAAAGGAAGCCUUAAGAAUGCUGUUAAGUUUGGACCUAUCUACAUUUUGGAUAACAGGGUACGAACCGACCGCCAGCACAGGGCUGAAAAUGCUACAGAAACAGAUACAACUCUUGAGGUGGAAGAAUUGACUGUAACAGACAUUCCUGAGGAGGAGACGACCAUCCUUAUCAAGGAAACAACGCUGUCUACUAAGGACACUGCUGUGGAAAAUGAAAAUGAGGUACCUCGGGAAGAAACCACUCCAAAUACAGAUAAAAUUGUUGAUGGUGACGCACUAGCAAGCGAAAUAACCACUUCACUGCCUGUCCUUUCACCCCAAGAAACGACUAUUAAAUCGGUGAGUGAAGAGACACCUUCCACAACCACAGUUUCAUCUGAACCCACAGCUGAAGAGGGAGCUUCAUCCUCCACGGUUGCAACCACACAAGAUGAAGCCUCCGUCACCGAUGAAUUUAGUACCUACGCAGACAUUGAAUACAUUGAUCCAGAUACAGACUUCCCUUCAUAUGAUAUAACAGUAGGAACCUCUGUGCUAGCUUCCCCUCCUUCUGGGCCUGAGCCCGUAGGAGUGGGCGAAGUGAUUCCCGUGGAAUUAGAGCCGCAGCACAAGGCGCCUGCAGACUCACUCGAUCUGGAACCCGAACACAAAUCCCCAGAGGAGUUAAAACCAGAGCACAAAGACACAGAAGAAAGCGAGCCUUCCACCGAAUCACCGCAAGCUUCCUUUAUAGGAACACUUCUGAACUACUUUACGCGGCCCGAACGACCUGAGCGGCCAAGACCAAUCAGACCACCACGGCCACCUUUUAGCUCUCGUCCAGGACCAGACAUCAGGCCGCGUCCUGGCCUAGGAGGCAGACCACUGCGACCAGGACUAGAUGGAAGACCACGACCAGAAUUUAGACCACGUCCUGGACUAAACGGCAGACCGCGGCCAGGCCUAGACUUCAGACCACGCCCAGGAAUAGACACUGUACCUCCUCCUGAACUGGAACCCGCACGACCCUCCGACGUCGAAGACAGCCCAGCUCCAGAGACAGAAGAUGGAACACGUCUAGCAUUGGAGGACAGGCCAGCUCUAGAGGCAGAGACCCUGCCGGACGAAGAAGCUGGUGCCCAGUCAGAUGCGGAAGAGCAGGCAGAUCCUAAAUUAGAUGUACGCCCAGAGCUGGAAGAAAGGCCACGUCCUAACCUGGGAAGCAGACCUCGUCCUGGCUUAGUAAACAGACCCCGCCCGGGAGGAAAUUUCAUUCCACCCAGAUUCCGCUUCACUCCAGCGACAACGGCAGAGGAGGAGCCUGCCACAGACCCUUCCAUCACCAUAACAACUUCCCCAGAGGCUCAACCCUCAACUACCAGUGCCCCUCGCUUCACGCUCCCGUCUAUCCUCCCGAAGCCCAUCCACAGCCCGCCCGCCCUCGUGCCCAUCCGUUCUGACUUCAUCCCGACCCGGACGGAGGACGCUCCCGUGCGUCCCAUUGGCCCAUUCACUCGGCCAGCCAUCCAGGCAGGAGGGUCGGUCGACCUGCCGUCCGAGCCAAUCAUGGAAGGAGGUUUCCAGGGAAUUAGGGACGAAGGCGAAGGCAUCAACCCUGCGUUUGACUACAUCGAGUAUGACUCGGACGGAGAACCGACGCUGCCCCCAUCACUGCCAAACCUGAAGAUCAUUCCGUUUGUGGCAGCUGAUGCUCUCACCAAACAAGAGGCUGGCUUCAGCGGAGAGGACUUCCGCUCGACGCCCCGGCCCUUCGUCGCAGCGUCUGCCGGCGAAGGCGCGAGCGACGACGGCCAGCCCGAGACGACCGAGGAAGCCUCUACGAGCACCACGACGCGCCGCCCGCUCAUCCGCCCCGGAGAGCGCCGGCCGGUGGUCCUGCCGCCCCGCAGGCAUACCCGCCCACCCCCAGGUGACUCGACGACGCGCCACCCCUUCCUGCCCAUCCGGCGCCACACAACGCGCAAGCCUUUCAGCCGCCCUUCCUUCACGUCCACCCCGGAGCCCGAGGACUCCGAGGACGCCCCCGCCGAGGACUCGGAGCCGCAUCUGGCCUUCGUCAACGUAGAUCGCCCGAUUGCUCGUCCACCAUUUAUUCCCCCUCGCCGCCCCUCCACCUCGACGACCACGACAGAAGCCACCGAAGCGCCGACGGACCCCCCCACCACACGACCCACAGCUGCCCCCUUUUCCAUCCCAGAACUGCUGCCGAUCCUGCUAACGACUCGGCCGCAGCCAAUCGAAAUCGCUACAACGACUCCCACGACAACUUCCCGGCCGAUCCAAUCUGACGAUAUUGCCAACCUCCUCCUCCAGGAUGCCUUCGAGCUGCCCGAGGGCCAAAGCUCGCCCCCGGUGAGAUUCACGCCCAAGCCCAUCGUGCCGGUGAAGCUGUCGACGGCGCUGCCCGAAAUCCCGUCGGCCGUGCGGGACCAGUUCCCUCUGGCCGUCGACCCUGCUGUCGCAUCCGGUCUCCUGAAGCUCUCCGCAUGCAACAUCUUAGGCAGAAUGUACAAAGUUGGAGAAAAGAUUUCAGAACUCUCCGCCGUGUGCAAGGAAUGCCAGUGUACUCCAGUGGGCGUGCAGUGCCUCCCCGUGUGCUAGAGAGACCUUUGUUACUUAGGUGCUCACGUUCUGGACCAAACUGAGAGUGGCGCUGGAGGGCCACCGCCUCCUGAUGCCCUCACACUUUGUAGAUAACUGUAUGAGGUAGAUUUAGGCGGACGACAAAGAUCCAAUGUACAGUGUAUUCUCUGGGGGUGACGAGUCUGGGUUUUUGCACAUGAUAUGUUUAUAGGAUUUUCUUGUAAGACGUUGCAUGCAGUUUGUCUUCUUCGUGUACAUUAACAGCCGGCCUAAUAGUGCCACUACAUGGACGUGGAAGACCAUACAGUGUAUAACCACACGUCGUCGAUUUAACACAUGAUAUGAUAUCAGAUUUCACACACAUGACUUAUUAGUUUUUUCUACCUAUUGGUUUAUAGCCUGCCUUCAUUCAUACAACAUGGAAAAAAUGGAUGUAUUAGUUGAAACCACAUAAAACAUUUGCAUUCGCAUAACUAAUAGGAAAAUGUAAAAUCUCUGCGAGAUGGAAACCUCACUACCCUGUUUCUGACAAACAAGCUGAAGCCGGAUGCUGCACAGGGCAUCACAGCUCCUCCGCUCGGCAGACUCCAGGGCUGCCGCUCGCCCUCGACGUCUGCGUGGAUUGCGUGGCCAAGAAUAUCCCUCGCCUCUUCGUCGCCGCCAACUGCGCCGCUGUCCGUCUGUGACUGCCUCGGAACUUUAGCCUUCGAAAUUCAUGUACAAACUCACAGAAAAAAUCGUAUGCAAAUUGACACCAGCACGCGCAAAAAAAGGAA